GGGCUAAGGGCUUAGAGAGUCCGUUGAUUAGAAAGGUAUGGGUGCCUAGGCGCCUUUCACUCAAACCAGAAGCUAUGCCGGCGAUUUCAUUCCCUUCCCUAAUUAUCUACUGCCACAACUAUCACGUCCUCCCGCGGCUGACAACCGCACUCGCUCUUCCCCGCCAUUUAAAUCUUUCGUUCUUUUCCCAGUCCAGCUUUGGUUGCAAAGCUCAUUCCACUUCCUCAUCCUCAUUAUGUUCAGAAUCAUCUGCACAGCCUCCCAAUGCCCGUUCUGGCAGGUCUGGUUCUCUCGCUGGACCUCCGGUUCAGCUUGAUGGCGUGCAGAAAAUUGAUGUCAAUCCUCCAAAAGGAACCAGGGACUUCCCACCGGAAGACAUGCGUCUUCGCAAUUGGCUCUUUCGGAACUUCAGAGAGGUUUCUCAUCUGUUUGGGUUCGAAGAGGUAGAUUUUCCAGUGCUAGAGUCAGAAGCACUGUUUAUUAGGAAGGCUGGAGAGGAGAUUAGAGACCAGCUUUACUGUUUUGAAGAUCGGGGAAACCGUCGAGUUGCACUGAGACCUGAACUAACACCUUCCUUGGCACGACUUGUGAUACAGAAAGGGUACUCGUGCCAGGUUUUGAUCUCCAUGUUUUUUUCAUGUCCAGAAAAUCAGUACCCCUUCCACUAAAAUGGUUUGCCAUUGGGCAGUGCUGGCGCUACGAAAGAAUGACUAGAGGCCGACGUCGUGAGCAUUACCAGUGGAACAUGGAUAUCAUUGGCAUUCCGGAUGUUACUGCUGAAGCUGAGCUAAUUUCAUCCAUCAUUACCUUUUUCAAACGCAUCGGGAUCACUGCUUCAGACGUUGGAUUCAAGAUCUCUAGUCGGAAGGUUUUGCAAGAAGUACUGCGUUGCUACUCUGUUCCAGAAAAUAUGUUCAGUAGGGUGUGCGUAAUUAUAGAUAAGUUAGAAAAGAUUCCUAUUGAUGACAUUAAGAAAGAGCUUAAAUCAGCUGAGCUGUCUGAUGUGGCAAUCGAAGAGCUAUUGCAAGUGCUCAGUGUGAAUUCUUUAGAGAAAUUGGAAGAGAAGCUUGGGACUGCUACGGAAGCAGUUACUGAUGUGAAGAAAUUGUUUUCAUUGGCUGAGAAGUAUGGCUAUUCUGAGUGGAUUCAGUUUGAUGCAUCAGUUGUACGCGGAUUAGCCUAUUAUACCGGCAUCGUAUUUGAGGGAUUUGACAGAGGAGGGAAACUGCGAGCCAUAUGUGGUGGCGGACGAUAUGAUAGCUUACUCUCUACUUUUGGAGGAGACGAUCUUCCAGCUUGUGGCUUUGGAUUUGGCGAUGCAGUCAUAGUUGAACUUCUGAAGGAGAAAGGGCUUGUACCAGAACUGAGUCUGCAAGUAGACGACAUAGUCUGCUCUCUGGACCCCAAUCUCCAAGGUGCAGCUUCUUCAGUUGCAACCAUACUUCGAGAUAAGGGGCAGUCGGUCGAUUUGGUUUUGGAAAACAAACCACUUAAAUGGGUGUUCAAACGGGCGGCUAGGAUGAAUGCUGGCAGGCUGAUCUUAGUUGGGAGUGACGAGUGGCACAGAGGGAUGGUGGGUGUUAAAAUUCUUUCUUCUGGUGAGCAAUAUGAGGUCAAAGUGGAUGAACUGCAGUAGCAGGGAUGUGAUUGAUAUGCAGCACUUUAUAUCUAUUUAUUUUGUUCUUUAUAUUCAACUGCAAUUAACUCUGCUGCUAAAAAUUGUUAAAUGACAAAUGUAUCCUCUUUUAUUAAAUUUAUAUUUAUUUGUUUUAGUCAGUUAAUUAAUCCAUGAAAUUAUUUGAAAUAAAUGUUAU